AUGGCCUCUCAGGAGACUGUCUCCGAGAGCCCGUCAAAAAACAUCCAUGAAUUCCUCCAACGUCAUCCUCAGGUCGGCAGAGGCGCCGCUGGGAAAGCCGAACUGGACAAUCUCCACCAGGGCCGCGAAACAUUCUGCAUCAACUGCAAGAUCUUCGAUAACGCUGUUCUUCACCGAGACUAUGAUUGUGAUUCUAUGAAACUCGUCUUGGCCUACGUCUACGUCAACGAUGAGCAGGCUGUGGAGGACUCUGUAAAGGACGCUGAAGUCUUGGUUUGUGAUUGUGGUGUUGGGAGGGAGGAAGGGCCUGAUCAUCAUCUCCAUGAGUUUAUGAGGGUUGCGGAACCGGAUUGUAAGGUUCAUAGGGAGGGGGAUUCAAAUCUGGAGUGUAAGGAUUGUCGACCUCUGUGGUUUGGGAGUAAUUGUCGCGGGGUGAAGGGGUGUGAUCGAGGAUGGCUUUGGGGCAUGGGUGUUAGUUGGGCGGGAUAA